AAACUGUUUCCAGUGUGUUUCCACCAUCUACAGCAUUUUUCUUGGAGAACUUGAAUGCAGCAAAAUUAUCCGGAUGUGACGCUUAUACGCAGAUGACGUAAGAAACGUCAUUCAAGAUGGCAGCGCUGGCGUCCUUGAUGCUCAAGUCCAGAGCAGGUGUUCUGGUACCGGGUCAGACCUCUCUUCUGGACUCUGUGAGGUAUGCCUCCAAGAAGGCUGGCGGAAGCACUAAGAACCUCGGCGGAAAGAGCCCUGGGCGGAGAUUUGGCUUCAAGAAACAGGAUGGUAAUUUUGUCCAUAUGGGUAACAUCCUUGCAACACAGAGGCAGAUGAGGUUUCACCCAGGAGCACAUGUGGGGAUGGGAACCAACCACACGCUCUUUGCUUUGGAAGACGGCUACGUCAGGUUCACCAAGGAGGUGUAUAUACCACCACCACGCAGCACCGAGGCCAAAAAGAUCAUCUGCAAUCUGCCAAAAGGAGCUGUGCUCUACAAGACCUUCAUCAACGUCCUGCCAGUCAAGCAGGAGAGCAAGUUUACACUGGUAGACAUGGUCUAAACUGACUGGACUGGGACGUCAUUGUUUCCCAGGUAUUCUUGCAGUGGCCGGGAUCAAGAAGGAUUGGAUUUGACUGACACUUUGAUCUGAUCUAUGGCUAACAAACAGAAGUUAAACUCUGUCAAGGGCCGGACAUGAUAUCAGCUGCCAGCAGUGUGGUGUUUCCUGUAUUUAAUAAUGAUAUCAUCCCAAUAUAGUCCUUGAUAUUGUUGCUGCUUCAUGUUCACCCAGGACUUACCACCUUAAGGAACUGGGAAUUCUGUUUCCAUAAUACUGAGUAUGUGCUGACUGUAUUAAAAUUGUAUAUGUUAAAGUCUUUACAUUUAA